AUGACGAUCAAAACAAGAAUUAUAUCAUAUUUAGAUUAUAUGGAUUUGUUCAAUAAAUUAUGUGAAAAACGAGUAGAUAGAGUUGAUGAUAGUUUUUUUGACCCAAGAACAGAUGAUUAUACCAGAGCUAGAUGUGACACAUUAUUCAUGUUUUAUCAAUAUUAUUUGAGAAACUCAAAUGCUCCAAAACCAUCAGAUAUUAAAACUAAAGAAGAUAAAGAAAGAUUAAGAGGGUAUCAUGCUGCAAAUUUAUGUAUUGCUCGUACAAACAAAGCAAAAAAGUUGCAACAACAACAAGAAGAACAACAAUUACAACAGCAUCAACAAGGAAGAUUUAGAGUAAAUCCAUAUGAUGAUGAUAGUGAUGAUGAGGCUACUUUAUUUGAUGCUUGA